AUGUUCAUUCCUGAAUAUGCCAAAGCAACAUCGAAUUUUGACGGGACAAAGCUAGCAAAAGUUGUGAGGAUGAACAAUAUCAGUUCACGAUACGAUGAUGACAUGGAUGGUUUCGAAGAAGGCUUGAUGACGGAGAAUAACCUAGGCUUUCGCGAUAGACUAUAUUUCGAGUACAGUAAUCAGUAUAUGUGCGAAAAGCUGAUGGCACGUCGACAAGAACUGGAAUAUCUCAAGAAUUAUGGUUUUGAUGCUGCAUUCACUGAACAAAUUGACUUUUGCGGCGUCGGAGUUAUUAGAUACCUUGGUAUACAAAAUCUAUUAUGGAUCUCAACAACACCGCUUAUGGACGCUGUAAGCUACAACUUAGGUGUCCCUUCUCCUACAUCUUAUGUGCCAACAAUAGAGGAGAAUGACAAUGGAGACACGAUGAGCUUUUGGAAAAGAGCAUACAAUAUGAUCGACCCAAAGUUUCCUCAUGUUCGUGAAAUUGCUGCCAAUGCCAGUCUUUGCUUCGUGAACGCUGAUGAGAUGUUCGAUCUCCCAAGACCAAUCAUCCACAAGAAUAUUUACAUUGGUGGUUUAGGGAUAAGUGAGCCUAAGCUAUUGAACGAGAAAUUUACCGCUUUGAUGAACAAGGGGAAGAAUGGAGUAAUUAUCAUCUCAUUGGGAACUAUUGUACCUUUUCACGUGCUGCCGGAAAGAGUGAAAAUAGGAUUUGCAAAUGUUAUCGAGUCUAUGUCAAACUAUCACUUCAUUUUAAAAGUUAGCAAAGGAGACAAUAGUACACCAUCUUUCUUCAAGGAUGUUCCCAACUGUGACUUUAUAGAGUGGUUACCUCAAAGCGACAUAUUAGCUCAUCCUCGACUGAAACUCUUUGUUAUGCAUGGCGGUAUCAAUGGGUUGGAAGAAGCCUUGUUCAGGGGAGUUCCUGUUGUGGUUAUUCCAAUGUUUGCUGACCAAUUUCGUAAUGGUCGAAACGUUGAAAAGCGUGGAGUAGGGAAGGUGAUUUUGAAACUGGAACUUUCCGAAGAUAAAAUAAGAUCCGCCAUACAAGAGAUACUAAGUGAUAAUAGUUACAAACAAAAUGCUAUGCGCAUGUCGAAGCUAAUGCGAGAGAAACCAUUCACUGCCGAACAACGGCUUGUUCGGUGGACCAAUUUUGCUGUCGAAAAUGGUAUUUUGGAUGUUCUACACGUACAAGGCUCUCGAUUGAAUUCUAUCGUUUACUUCAAUCUUGAUGUGAUAGCCGUUGUUACGUUAAUUAUAUGCUCGCUUUUGAUUGUCGUUGUCAAAUUGUCAAGAGCUAUUAGAAGAGCACUUUUCGCUAGAAAAGUUAAACGAGAAUAG